CUCGGUCAAAGAUCAAUGGCGGAAACUACGUGACUCCUAUCGCGAAGCUCUACGAAGGCAACAAACCAAAAGCGGCCAAAAGAGUGUACAAGUUAGGCUGUGGAUCUACCAGAAACAAAUGGAAUUUUUGAAACCGUAUAUGAAAAACAGGACCACUGUAGGGUGGCCUGAAGUUCAACAAUCUGAAGAAAUACAAUCUGAGCAGACUGAAGCACAAUCUGAGCAGACUGAAGCACAAUCUGAGCAGACUGAAGCACAAUCUGAGCAGACUGAAACACAAUCUGAGCAGACUGCUGACAUUACAGUACCUAAUGAUGAAGGGCCAAAUGAGGCUGAGGAAAUUGAAUGUGUUCAGCCCGAAAAGAAAAACUGCAGUCAGCCGCAUUGAUUCCAUCAAACGAUACAUCAACAAUAGCGAGCAAACAGCCAAAAGAAGGGACGAAGAGCGAAGCCUGCUACUUCAACUAAGCCAAGGAGAAAGACAAUCACAGCAAAAUGACCCCUUGUAUAAUUUCUUUAUGUCGAUGUACAAAAUAACGAAAAAUAUCCCGAAGAUAUACCAGAGGCAAAUUAGAAGAAAUUUGUUUGACGAUGUGUCAAAGGCAAAAGAAGAUAGCGAAAGUGGGUCGACAUGUUCAAUAAGAAGUAAUACUGCAUAUUCGUUUUCACCUAACACAUCCUACUUAUCAACUCCCGAACCAUGUUGUGGAUCCACGUUAUGACAGGCGCACCCCGAAUAUUUAAGACUACAGCAUCACACAGCACCCUCAUGAUGGUACAGGCACAUCUCAAAUGUAAAUUGAUUUGCGUUGUUUUUAUAUUACAAUAAAUAUUAAAAUUAAAUUUUAUAUGCAAAUAA